CACAAGCAGCAAAACAGCCGAGGCCGGUGCCGGGAGUUUGACGUGGCACUCCCGUUAGGCUCGUCUGCGCUGGUUAGAGUCAGUCCGCUCGGCGUCACCUCUACUCGUGCAGGUUGCUGUUCUUCUUUAUUUGUGGAAUGAAAUACAUCUAACAGGAUGAGCCAGCAAGGUUAUGUCGCUACGCCUCCGUACUCCCAGGCCCAGGCAGGAAUGGGGGGAUACCCUGCACAAUCCCAUUAUGGGCACUAUGGAUCUCCACAACAGCCAUUUCCUCCACAGCCAGCAGGUAUGCUUAAACCAGCUGCCUCCUCCCCCUCUGGGAUGCCUCCACCACCUGUGUCUAACCAAUAUGGAUCUCCUGUUCACCAAAAUGGAGCACAUCCACAAAAGUUCCCUCCGCUUCCAGCAGUCUCCGCACCUGCCAUGUCUCCCUAUGGACAGCCCCCUCAAAGACCAUACCACAGCAUAGCUCCAGCCACACCACCAACCCAACAGAUAACCAAUCAGAUGAGUGCUAUGAACAUUGACGGAUAUGCCCAAAGCCCCAUGCAAAAUCCUCAGUCUUUAGCAGCACCACAGCCUUUCCAAAUGUCUCCACCUCCUACAGUGGGACAUCCAUCCAUGUCUCCUUCAGGCACUCAACAUCUUUCAAUGGGUACAUGUCCACCAAUGGCAGCUGGUCCACCAGUGCAGGCAACAGGCCCUCCACCAAUGGGGUUGUCUAAUUUACAGCCUCACCCUCCUCCGAUGAGUGGGGCUGGAUUCCAAAAGCCACCAGCACCUCAGGGAUUUCCUCCUCAGCAGCCAGGUACAGGUUUAUAUGGAGGACAGAUGCCAGGAUCACCAAUGGCAGGGCCACAGCCAGGCGCUUAUCCAGGAGGCUUCCCAGGAGGAGCUGCCAACAUGGCUGGACCUCCACAGAAGAAACUUGAUCCAGACUCCAUACCUAGCACAAUACAAGUGAUUGAAAGUGACCAGGUUAAGAGAGGUAGUCAGGUCUACACCACAAACCUCAGGGGUCAAGUGCCACCCCUGGUCACAACCAAUUUCACUGUUCAAGAUCAAGGAAAUGCUAGUCCGCGGUUCAUGCGAUGCACAACCUACUCAUUUCCCUGUACUGCUGAUCUUGCCAAGCAGUGGCAAGUGCCCUUGGCAUCCAUCAUCAAACCUUUUGCUACAGUGCCCAAAAAUGAAACUCCUCUAUACAUAGUAAAUCAUGGCGAGACAGGACCCAUACGCUGUAACCGCUGUAAGGCAUACAUGUGCCCCUUCAUGCUUUUCAUCGAGGGUGGUAGACGCUUCCAAUGUGGUUUCUGCAACUGUGUUAAUGAGGUUCCUGUCCAGUAUUUCCAGCACCUGGACCAUAUGGGCCGAAGAUUGGAUAUAUAUGAACGACCAGAGCUGUCCCUGGGUUCUUACGAGUUUGUCGCUACUCUGGAUUACUGCAAAAACAAUAAGCCUCCCAAUCCUCCUGCUUAUAUCUUCAUGAUCGAUGUUUCCUACAACAACAUAAAAAGUGGACUAGUUAAGCUGAUAUGUGAGGAACUGAAGACACUGCUUGAUCGACUACCCAAAGAGGAGGGAGCUGAGAGUUCAGCCAUCAAAGUAGGCUUCGUCACCUACAACAAGAUCCUGCACUUCUUCAAUGUGAAGAGUGCACUAGCUCAGCCCCAGAUGAUGGUCGUCUCUGAUGUUGCAGAUAUGUUUUUGCCCCUUCUGGAUGGAUUCUUGGUGAGCUUUCAGGAGUCACAAGCUGUCAUCAACAAUCUCUUGAGCCAGAUCCCCGACAUGUUUGCUGACACAAAUGAGAGUGAAUCUGUUUUUGCUCCAGUUAUUCAAGCAGGAGUGGAAGCACUGAAGGCUGCUGAAUGCAGUGGGAAGCUCUUCAUCUUCCACUCAUCCCUCCCAACUGCAGAGGCACCUGGGAAGCUGAAAAACCGAGACGACAGGAAGCUGGUGAACACAGACAAAGAAAAGACUCUUUUUCAGCCACAGCGUGGUGUGUAUGAGCAGCUUACUAAGGAGUGUGUGAGCCAGGGAUGCUGUGUGGACCUUUUCCUGUUUCCGAACCAGUUUGUGGACUUGGCCACUAUGGGUGACAUUCCCACACACACUGGUGGCUCAGUUUACAAAUAUAGCAACUUCCAGGUUCAGACAGACGCACAGCAUUUCCUCAGUGAUCUAAGACGAGAUGUGGAGAAGUCUAUUGGAUUUGAUGCCAUUAUGCGUGUUCGAACCAACACAGGUUUCAGGGCCACAGACUUCUUUGGUGCAAUUUAUAUGAACACAACUACAGAUGUGGAGAUGGCUGCAGUGGACUGUGACAAAGCAGUUACAGUGGAGUUUAAGCAUGAUGACACCCUUAGUGAGGAGGCUGGGGCACUUAUACAGUGUGCUGUGCUGUAUACCUCAGUCGGUGGUCAGAGGCGGCUGCGUGUUCACAACCUCAGUCUGAACUGCAGCUCUCAACUAUCUGAGCUCUACAAGAGCUGUGAGACAGAUGCACUCAUCAACUUCUUUGCCAAGUCAGCAUACCAUGCUAUACUAAGCCAGCCAGUGCGGACAGUGAGGGAGAUACUUGUGAGGCAGACGGCCCACAUGUUGGCCUGCUACAGGAAGAACUGUGCUACACCUUCUGCCGCCAGUCAGCUGAUCCUGCCCGAUGCUAUGAAAGUGCUUCCGGUGUACAUGAACAGCCUGAUGAAGACCCCUGUUCUGGUGGGCAGCGCCGAGCUCUCUACAGACGACAGAGCUUUCCAUAGACUUAGUGUCAUGUCCAUGGGAGUGGAAGAGAGCCAGGCGCUGCUUUACCCACAGCUCAUUCCAGUGCACUCCAUGGACCUGGCGAGUGAUUCAAUUCCAGCAGCAGUACGCUGCUCUGAGGAGCGUUUGGCCGAGACAGGUGUGUUUUUGCUGGAGAACGGCCAGUCUAUGUUCCUGUGGCUGGGCCAUGCCUGCUCCCCUGACAUCAUCCAGAACCUCUUCAAUGUGCCCUCGAUGGCCCACCUCAGUUCAGACACGACUGUAUUGCCAGAACUAGAUAACGCUCACUCCAGGAAGCUUUACUCCAUCAUUCUUGCCAUCUCGAAGCAGCGGUGCAAGUCCAUGAAGAUGGUGAUUGUGAAGCAGAAAGACAGAUCAGAGAUGCUGUUCCGUCAGCUCCUAGUGGAGGAUAAAGGCCUGUAUGGAGGAGCAUCAUACUUGGAAUUCUUGUGCUCAGUUCACCGUGAGAUUAGGCAGCUUCUGUCUUAACAUACACUCAGACCCAUAUACAAUCACUGGCCCCUUUGUUAGGAACAUCGUUACACUUGGUCAACCAGUCAUGUGUCAGAGGCCCCAUGCAAAAAAAAUAAAGAUGGCUUGAGGUGACGUACAGUAGGCUACAGUAAUUUAAAUAACUUCUAUAUGAUUAUUUUUUAAAUCAAAGUGAACAGAAAAGUCCCAGAACACAACACACUGUCCCUUAAAGGAUGGCCAUGGGUUGCAGAAGAUUACAUCAGGUUCCAUGUUUGUCAACCAAGAAAAGGAAUCUAAUGCUAAAGUAGAUGGACACAGGCUCACGGAAAUCGGACAAUUGAAGACAUUUUAUAUUUGCCUCGACUCAAGUCCUCACAAUUUCUUCUGAAUUUGGCAUCAAGACCAUGACUUUAUACGCCCAGCUUGCAUUGUGUCAACAGUUCAGGCUGCUGGUGCUGUAAUAGUGGGAAAUGUUUUAUUGGCAUACAUUGCGACCCUUCAGGACCAAUCUAGCAUCAUUCAAAUGCCACAGCCUCUCUGAUAUUGUUGACCAUGUGCAACCCUUUAUAAACAGAAUUUACUUAUUUCAAUAAGGCUACUCACAGCAUGAUAAUUUGCCAUAUCUCAAAGCACAAGUCACGACAAACUGGUUUUAGGAAUACAAGUUCAAUGGCUUUCCCCUUCACCGAAUUAGAAUCUAAUAGAAAAUCUUUGGGAUGUGAUGAAACAGGAGACGCACAGCAUGAAUACGCAGCUGACAAAUCAGCAGAGAAUUGUAUUAUGCAAUCAUGUCAACAUGGACCUUGAUCUCAAAGGAAUGUUUCCAACAGCACAUGUAAUUCAUGCCAAGAAAAAUGGAGGUUUUUAGAAGAGCAAAGGGGCAGUGGCAAUUAUGUUAGGGUAAUUUUGUGUGUGUGUGUUGAGUUGAGGUGGGAGGGGGUUUACAUUAGGAUUAUUAUGUUGUUCUGUUAAAGUGGUUGGUGAGUGUAUGGACAGAAUAUGUAAAAGGCAGCAAACAUGAUGAACUUGAUGAACAGAACUGCCUUUGAAUGUCAGUAAAACUCCAUCAGGACUUCACAAGUGUUCUUAAUAUUAUCACUUUGACUCAAAAUUUUAGUUGGGGAUUAAGCUUGGCUCGCUUCUUUUUACUGGUAUGUACUGUAUUAAUGUCUCCUAAUACACUACCAGUCAAGCAUUUGGGCACAAGUUUGGAUUUGCUUUUCUAUAUUCUAGAACAAUACUGGAGAUUUCAAAACUAUAUGAAAACACAGAUGUAACGAGGUAAUUAAGUGACAACAACAACAGUAAAUUGUUCUUUUAAGGGUCCGUUGUUAUGGAAUAGUUCUUGCAAGAACAGUAUUGUCAAGAGCAUUUGCAAAACCCAUCAUGCACCAUGAUGAAACUGGCUUUUAUAAAGACCAUCCCAGGAAAAAUAGGCCAAAAUGUACCUCUGACUAUCUCAAUAGCAACUGUUUAAAAGAUAUUACUGCAUAUUUCUGGUGACUUCAGUGUAGUUUUACAGUGUAGAAAGAAAUAAAAAUCAGAAAAGACCAUGAAGUCAGAAGGUGUGCCCAAACUUUUGACUGGUGCUGUGUACAUCAUCUUUUUUGUUUGUUUGUUUGUUUUAAAAUAAAAUAAACGUAAGGAUUUGCAAAAUCCCCAUUAUUUGCCAAAUUUGAAAUUAGAUUUCCAAAUUUUUUUUUUAAUGAUAAGGCUAUGAGAUAAUAGAUAAUUUUUUUAAUCUGCAUAAAAAAAUCCCCUCAUUAAUCAGCCCCUUUUUGUUUAACAUAUUUAGGGUGUUGGGAAAUUCUGUGUAUUAAUAAAUUGAAUCAUUGGACAUGGAUAUAGAUAUAUCAGAAGCUUUUAAAUGAACUAUUUUGCCUGACAUUAAUUAAGCUGCAGUUAUAUAUUAAGUAAUGUUUAUUUAAGAAAAACUGAGAAAUGCACAACUUUUUAUGCAUAAUCCUUUAUACUAAUGAUUCUGAAGCAUUUGUGUCUUUCUAGUGCGAUUUAUGUUGUAAAUUUGUAUACAGUGAAACAUUUAUUUUACCUGUUUACCAGUUUAUUAUAAACCAAUUAGCCAUAACUUUAAAACACUAGGAAUUAGGCUUCCCUUGUGCUACCUGGGCAGCUGUGGUGUCUGGCACUGGGAUGUUAGUGGUGGAUUGUUUAAUUGUGCUGUAGGAUGCAGGAUGGGGCCUUAGGCCUGUUUGUCUGGUGCAUCCCAUGGGUCCUCAAACGGGUUGAGAGCUGGGGAAUCUGGAGACCGGAUCAAUAACCUUGAACUCUGCCUGAUGGGCCCUGUACUGGCCACACUGCGAUGUGCUGGGUGUUCUCAUACCUUUCUGUCAUGGCCAGCAUUGACUUUUUCUGCACUUUGUGCUACAUUAGCCGAUCGCAGGCUGGCUUUUGGUCCUUACAGGCAUGCAUGGGUAUUGGGUUCCCAGUUGGCAGUUUACUGGUAUAUGAUUGAUAAUCAAUAUUAUUCAGUUCAUCUGGUGGUGGUGGUAUAAAUGUUAUGGCUGAUCGGUAUAUAAUCCGAGACACAUGCUUUAGAGUGUAAGGCAUCUUUUGUAGCUGAGCAUUUUUUUCCCCCUGCUCACUUUAUAUUUACCAUAUCUUUUUAUUUUUCCAUUGGUAUAUCUCUAGACAGAGGUAUACUUUACUUCUUCUGUGAUAUAUUGGGAAGAUUAUGGCAUUUAAGAAACAUAUUGUUCUUAUAUGUAAACAUGCCUCAGGUACCCCAUGUAGAGAGAUACAUGUAACUGCUUACAGUAGUUUAAAUUGUGUAACUUUUUAUUUUAUUUUUUAUUAUAUUUUUAUUUCUGAACUUUGGGCCUAUUUGCUAAGAUAAGGAUGCUGAUGUGUACACAGUACAUUCCAAUUAAUAAACGUCUAGUACAAUUUUUUAAAGUAAAAAA